AUGCAUUCGAAUUCCAAUGCCACCGGGUCGAGCGACCUCAGCGGGGCCUGCUGUCUAACGCUUCUGUCCCUGCUCGGGUCCAGCCAGGUCACUUUCCCUGGCUCGCAGGCGUACGAAUUCUCGCGCUCCUCCUUCUUUUCGCAGCAGGAGGCUCAGCUCCAGCCGCGGUGCGUGGUGGCACCCACCGGCGUGGAGGACGUGUCCACGAUCCUGCAGUCGCUCACCUCCAUCGGAACAUCGCUGCCCGAGGGGGAGAGGUCGGUCUGCGACUUUGCCAUCCGCUCGGGAGGGCAUACGCCCUUCGCUGGGGCCGCCAGCAUCGAUGGGGGCAUCACCAUCGACCUGCAGGGCCUCAAGGCCAUCGAGGUCAGCUCCGAUCGGGCCACGGUCUCCGUCGGGCCUGGAGCCACCUGGGGCGAGGUGUAUAGCUUCCUGGAUCCUCUCCAACUGACCGUGGCCGGGGGUCGGGUGGCCCAGGUGGGUGUCGGGGGAUUGACGACGGGGGGAGGCAUCUCCUUCGUCUCCCCGCGCUACGGAUGGACGUGCGAUACGGUUCAGAACUUCGAGGUGGUCCUGGCCAACGGGUCGAUCAUCCACGCGAACGCUGACGAGCAUCCGGAUCUCCUCGGGGCCCUCCGGGGCGGCUCGAAUAACUUCGGGAUUGUGACGCGGGCGGAUCUCACGGCCAUCGAGCAGGGCCCCGUCUGGGGCGGGAAUGUCUACUACGCGCUCGACACCAUCGACCAGCAGCUGCAGGCCACCGCGCAGUUCAGCGACCCGGAGACCUACGACGACUACGCCUCGCUGAUCGUCAGCUUGAGCUUUUCCGGUGCCCAGGGGGCGGCCAUCGUCAACAGCAUCGUGUACACCCGCGCGGAGGAGAACCCCCCAGCCUUCCAGCCGUUCACCGAGAUCGCCUCGCUGUCCAGCACGCUUCGCCUGGCCAACAUGUCGUCCAUCACGACCGAGCUAGGGUCGUAUUCGCCCAACGGACACCGGCAGUUGUUCCUGGAGACGACCUUUGCGUCGACGCAGUCCAUGCUGAACGCGACGUACCGUCACUGGAACACCAGCCUGGCCGCAAUCCGCGAGGUCGCGGGGAUCGUCUGGUCCGUCUCCCUCGAGCCGUUACCCCCGUCGAUCUACGCCCGGGCGAGCCCGGAGAAUGCUCUGGGCCUGUCCGGCACAUCCGGCACCCUGGUGGUGGCGCUGUUGAGUGCGACAUGGAAUGAUGCCACAGACGACGCGGCCGUGGCACAGGUCGCUCGCGAGAUGUUCGCCGCCGUCGAGGACGAUGCCCACCGGCUAGAGGCGUACCACCCAUUUGUGUAUCUCAACUACGCCGCUCCCUGGCAGGAUCCCAUUGCCAGUUACGGACCCGAGAGUGUGGAGCGAUUGCGGCGAGUCGCGUGGGACGUCGACCCUCGGGGGGUGUUUACGGCGAAUGUUCCAGGGGGCUUUAAGAUCCCGGGCGAACAAUCCUCAGAGCCGAUCUCCUGA